AUGGACAAGAAAAAGAUACUCAAAUUGGUCGUUGUUGGCGACAGUUAUGUCGGAAAGACAACACUCCUCUUCGCUUACACGGAGCGACAAUUCCGUAGUGUCUACUCUACUACAGUUUUUGAUAACUGGUCUAUGACAUAUUAUGCGCAAGUCCCAAAAUCAGUACUACCCGAAUAUUAG